UGUAAAUUCUCCCAGUGUCCACAUGAGUCCAUACACACAAUGUGCGGGUUUGAACAGUAGCAGACUGGAGUAUCACUACGCAUUGGAUUAACCCCGCGUCACUUUUGACCAACUUGUUGCGCAGCAGCUAUUUCUAACCUCGCGCUGGGCUUCAUUUUCUGUCCAGCAAGAGUCAAGACGGAUGGAAGAAGCGGUGGCUUUAAACCUUACGUUUUAUAAUGCGUAUGCUACAAGAAGAGGACGCUUUUGUAUGGAUUGUAAUGAAGUCCUGCAGCCCUCAGUGAAUGUUUGAGUGUCUUUAAUAUGAUCAGAGAGUCAUGAGCGGCGGAGCAGAAUGGAGCCUCAGCCUCUUCUACCUGACUCUGCUCCUGGGGACCAGACGCAUGACGGGACUGGCUGACUUCUCAAAUUACCUGUCCAGGAUCAUCACCAGUCAUUCUGUCCAGGCAUGUGAUGGACAGCCACUGCGUCUCCACUGUCCUCGUCACUCCACCAUCUCCAUUCAGACUGCGUUCUACGGGAGUGGGGACGCCAAGCUGUGUAGAGCAGACCCAGACCCCCCGCUCAGAGCCCACAACCACAGCUGCUCUGCUUUCACUGCUCUACAGAAGAUGCUGUCUGAGUGUCAGAGCCACAGAGAUUGCCAUCUGCCUGUCAACCACCUGCUGUUUGGGAAGGACCCCUGCCCUGGCACUACCAAAUACCUCCAUGUGGACUACAAGUGUAAACCAACUGAACACAAAAGACACGUGGUGUGUGAGGGGGAGACCAUGAUCCUGCGCUGUAAGCGCCCAAAGGUUCUGAUCGUCUACGCAGCUGUUUUUGGGAGAAGUCUGGGCCAGAUUUACACCUGCCCUUCACACCUGACAAGACCACCCUCAUUUGAGUGUCUGAACCACGAGGCUGUGCACUCGGUGUCUACGUCCUGCUACAGCAAACACAAGUGUGCUGUUGUUGUCAGCAACCAGACCUUCAGGGACCCCUGCUUCCCCGGAACCAGGAAGUACCUCAGCGUGGUCUAUUCCUGUGUAGUACCACAGACUUUACUAAGAGAGGCAGACCCUGACAUAUUCAGCUCUACCUCAUCUCCUGUGGACACAGAAAAAGUUGCUCCUGGAGAUCUGAGGAAGCCUUUUCCAAAAGAGUCAAGAAGGCCAGACAACUCAGGAGCCAUUAUGAGCAACUCUCUCCUGACCUACACCUACAUCAAAGGAACUUAUUCCGGUGUGAACNUCGGUUAG